ACCACUUCGUGUCAAAGGAUGCCACGGACCCUUUUCGUGCAAAGACGGACAUAUUUUUGUGUCUUUUUUAUCUGGGGCAGACGGCCUCUGGGGAGGCUAAUAGACUAGCGCAUGUGAGAAGGUUAAUGCUUGCACACCCACCCCUCCCCUCCCUCUCUAUCUGCGUCGGUAUCAGGUUUGAAUGCAGCCGCUGUCCCUCGCCGCCAUGCUGAGCUGAGCGAGCGACAAAACCCCAACUUGUCACUCUCCCGUCCUCAUCUCGCCGCACGCCGACAACAAAGACAGAAUAUCGCUCGAUCGAGGAAACUUCACAGUCCCAAAAAUAACAGAGUCAAACAUGGGAUUUGGAGUACUGGGGGUUUUUCUGGGGCUACUCCUGGAGGUCUCCACCCAUGGCCCUCACACUGUUCCUCGAGUCUCCUGGAAACAUCAAGAUGUAGACCUGAUGGAGUUUUCUGAGCCAGGCAUCUUCAAUUACUCCACACUGCUGCUGAGUGAGGAGAGGGAUGCACUGUACGUUGGUGCCAGAGAGGCGAUCUUUGAGCUCAGCAAAAAGAAUGUGACCGUCAAGAACAACAAGGCUCAGUGGACAGUUGCUGAAAUUCCUAUGACGAUGUGCAUACUCAAAGGAAAAUCAAAAGAGAAGGACUGUUUAAACUACAUCCGUGUGCUUCAAGUACUGGAUGAUGAACGUCUGUAUGUCUGUGGAACACAUGCCUUUCAACCUCAGUGUGACUAUCUGUCUCUCUCAGACUUUUCUUUGGCGGGUCGAGCUGAGGACGGCCGGGGGAAGUGCUCCUUCGACCCCUCGCAGAGCUUCACUACGGUCAUGGUUGAUGGAGAGCUGUACUCGGGAACAGCUUAUAACUUCUUAGGCAGUGAACCGAUUAUCUCCAGAUAUUCCCCUUCUCAGUCUCUGCUGAGGACAGAGUAUUCAACAUCAUGGCUUAAUGAGCCCAGUUUUGUUUUUGCCGACGUGGUAAGGGAAGGGGCAAACAGCGCAGAUGGUGAGGAUGACAAAAUCUACUACUUCUUCACUGAGGUGUCUGUGGAGUACGAGUUCUUUGGCAAGCUGCUCAUACCCAGGGUGGCGCGUGUCUGUAAGGGUGACCUGGGGGGACAGCGGACCCUGCAGAAGAAGUGGACUUCCUUCCUGAAGGCCAAGCUGGUGUGUUCCAUGCCAGAGCUCAACUUCGUCUUCAACGUAGUGCAUGAUGUCUUCAUCCUGAAAGCAGCUGACUGGAGGGAAACUGUCAUCUAUGGGGUCUUCACUUCCCAGUGGGGUAAUGUCGGUCUGUCUGCGGUGUGUGCCUACAACAUGACAAUGGUGGAAGAAGUUUUCUCCAAAGGCAAAUACAUGCAAAAGGCCACAGUAGAGCAAUCUCACACCAAGUGGGUCCGUUACAAUGGAAUAACUCCCUCCCCACGCCCUGGAGCAUGCAUUAAUAACCUCAACCGUCAACAUAACAUAAGUAGCUCUCUCUACCUGCCGGACAAAACCCUGCAGUUUGUCAAAGACCACCCCCUACUGGAGGAUCCUGUUUUGCCAAUUGGCAAUAGGCCUCGUUUCAUCACCAAGGAUGUCAACUACACUCAAAUCGUGGUGGAGAGGAUCCGUGCACUUGAUGGGAAUAUCUAUGACGUUAUCUUUACUGGAACAGAUAAGGGACUCUUGCACAAGGCUGUGGUAUUUAAAGAGGAUGUCCAUAUUGUGGAGGAGAUCCAACUCUUGAAGAACUCUGAGACCAUCAAGAACCUACUGCUGUCUUUACAGACCAAGUCCCUGUAUGCUGGUUCAGACUCGGGUGUGGUCCAGUCACCUACAGCCUUCUGUGAUAAAUACCUGUCCUGUGAUGAAUGCAUCUUGGCCCGGGACCCCUACUGUGCCUGGGACCCUCACACUACUGUCUGUGUCAAUAUCUUUGAUACAUCAAACCAAGAACAUAGGGACCAAAUCCAAAGCCUGGACGGUGAUGUGGACAAGUGUCCUUCAGUGCCAGGACUCUCUGCUCAGGACUAUCAGCGUGUGACUGUGAAACCUGGGAGCUCUGCUGAGCUGCCGUGUCUGGUACACUCCAACUUGGCCCAGGUGAUGUGGAAAUUCAAUGGCUCGACACUCACUGAGGCCUCUCGCUUCCACCUAAUAGGCGAGACUGGUCUCCUGAUUUACAGUGUGGCACCGGAGGACCAGGGCCAGUACGAGUGCUGGUCUCUGGAAUGGGCCCCUGCUGCUGGGAAGAACUUCAGCCGUCAACUUGUUGGGUAUUUUCUGACUCUGAAACUCCCACCAAGACUCCCAUAUCAAGCAGUACAGACGACCACCACCCUACGGACCAGUCUGGGAACCCAAGAGAUGACUAGCUCCCAGGCCUCUGAAGGUAAUGGUAACACAGCCAGACCUCAACUAACUUCAGCUCCUGCCCCUCCCAGCUCCUCAUCCACACCCCUCUUCACCUCCCCACCCCAAACUGACUCAUCACUAACCUCAACCCCCAGCAAUACCAUCAGAUAUCAGCCAAAGCACCUUCCCCCAAGUUCCAAUGCACCCUUGCCAGAGACCAAAGACCCAGCAGCUGAAUAUCUGCAACACAACAACAGCACAGCCCUCCUUUUCCUAUUUCUCCUCUUCUUCCUUCUCUUCAUGGCUGCCCUGGCCUACAACUGUUACAUGCAGUAUCUGCCAGCACCUUGCCUAAAGCUGCGAGCAGCCCUCCUGGGUAAUAAGAAGAAUCCAAAUCAACCUGAGUACCAGGCCUGUGAGGCGGGCCUAAUAGAAAUGCCUGUGACAGAAAAACUGGACUUAACAGAGCGACCAACACAAAAUGGCAAACACACCGCCCAAAAUCAGCUGCGGGCACUCCGGGACACUGGAUAUGAGACAGAACCUGAGUGCAGCAAUGGUAGGAUCCCUUCUCACAGUUUCGGGGACGACAGCUCAUCCAAGGAGAAACCCUUUGACAUAGACUGUGAAUCUCAGCCCAUUGAGUUCGCAGAUGCAGAUGACCCUUACUGCUAGCUAGAUACCUCAAAUUUGCUCAUUUGC